AGGUGGGCUCAGUCAGGUACGAGAGGCAGUAGCAGUAACACCUCCACCUGCCACUGAGACAGUCGGUGAUUCCUCGACGGGGCUAACAGGGUCACCUCAGAAUCACGUUAUUGUUAUUGGUUCUAUAUUAACAAAUUCGAGAAAGUGUUACAGCGGAGGGUUAAUUCGUCAUUCCCCCAAAAACAAUUAUAAUUUAAAGUUCUCAAAAAGAAGAAUAUCUUCUAAAAAAAAAAAAAAAACUGAGUUAAGACCUAACACACACACAACCCCAUAGCUAAAACACACACACAAGGAAAGGAAAGAAAAGGAAACAGAAAAGACCGCACAAGGAUCCCGGUAGGAAACAAGAGGAGACCUUUGUGACAAUGCGCGAGAGGGAGUCAUGGGUAGUCCCCGCCUCUAACUACGCGAAGAACACCUUCAACCCCAUCAGGAACAUCGUCGAGAAUCUGCAGAUUGUUCCUCACCCGGAGAAGCCUAUGAUAGCGCUCUCGAUCGGUGACCCCACUGUGUUCGGAAACCUCAAACCCGCUGAAGAAAUUACCGAAGCCGUAGUCACAUCCAUCCGCAGUGGUAAAUACAAUGGAUACGGACCAAGCACAGGUUUCGUAGAGUCGAGAGAGGCAGUUGCGAAAUACGUGUCCGUGCCCGGCGUUGCUGAACUCGAAGCGAAGGUCAGUCAACGGUCGAUGUUUAAAGUUUUAAUUGAUAAAUGUGAAUGUCUAAGAAAUAAUAUGCUUUCUUUAUUCCGGGAGGGAAAAUGGGAGGUGGACCUUGCGUGCCCGGAGGGGGCCGAUCGCGAGCAGACGGCGGCCAUCGUGGUGAACAAUCCUUCGAACCCGUGCGGCUCCGUCUUCAGCGUCGACCACCUCAGAAAGAUACUCGAAGUCGCCGCCAGGAACAAGGUGCCGGUCAUCGCCGACGAGAUCUAUGAUCAUUUCGUGUUCGAAGGGCACGAGUACCAGCCCAUGGCGUCCCUCACGCAGGAGGUGCCGGUGCUGUCUUGCGGGGGCCUCACCAAGCGCUACCUGAUCCCCGGCUGGAGGAUGGGGUGGAUUGCCAUCUACGACCGUGGCAACAUCCUCUCCAAAGAGAUUCGCGCAGGGUUACACAGUCUAAGUCAGAGAAUCAUCGGCAGCAACACUCUUGUGCAAGGAGCAUUACCCGCCAUUCUUGCAUCCACUCCCAAGUCCUUCUUCGCAGACACUCUUACACAAAUCCAAGCCAACGCCAAACUAUGCUACAGUUCCAUCAGUGCUACUCCAGGAUUGCGUCCGGUAAUGCCUCAAGGAGCAAUGUACAUGAUGGUGGGCGUGGACAUGGCGUACUUCCCAGAUUUCGAGAACGACCUUCAGUUCGUGGAGAGGAUGAUCUCGGAGGAAUCCGUUUUCUGUUUACCAGGGAAAUGCUUCGACUUCCCGAACUACGUCAGGAUCGUGCUGACCGUCCCGAAGGAGCAACUGCAGGAAGCGUGCAACAGAAUCAACUCCUUCUGCGUCCGCCACUACAACGCCCCUUCAACGGCCGUCUCCUCCAACGGCGUGACCAACGGCGUGACCAACGGCGCCUCCAACGGCCACGCCAACGGUAACGGCUGCUCCAACGGGUCCUCCUACAUGAUGACGUCGGUCGAGGAAGCGAAAGUUUUGGCCAAAGCAACAGCCGCGGCUCUCGUGGCGGAGAUGGAGACUGACUGAGGGAGGGAAGGAGUUAUUGUCCGCGUGCGUCGAGGAAUUAUAGAUAUUCUGUUUUUUUCUAAUGUAAUGGGAAAACAUUAGAGGAAUGGUUGGAUGAAAGAGAGAGAGAGAGAGAGGGAGAGAGAGAGAGAGAGAGAGAGAGAGAGAGAGAGAGAGAGAGAGAGAGAGAGAGAGAGAGAGAGAGAGAGAGAGAGAGAGAGAGAGAGAGAGAGAGAGAGAGAGAGAGAGAGAGAGAGAGAGAGAUAGAUAGAGAGAGAGAGAGAGAGAGAGAGAGAGAGAGAGAGAGAGAGAGAAAGAGAGAGAAUAAAUAAAUAGGUAUAAAUGAGGAUGAAUAAAUUAAUCGCAAAAAUUCAUAUAAUUCUGUAAUUAAUUGGAGAAAGCAUUUAUUCUCAUUUAUACCUUUUUCACAUUUGACACAAAAUUCUUCCGUCCUGUUUAUCAAAAUAGUUAUAAUUCACACAAUUAAUUACCAAAAAAAAAAAAAAAAAAAAAAAAGAAAUUGAGUGGAUCAAGAUGAUAUUCAGUUAAAAACGCAAAUACUAUGUUUUGUAUAUAUUUAUCAUAUUUACUUUUUUCCCCGAAGGAUGCGGGUUUUUGUUUUGUUUGUGUAUGCAUCGCUAUUCGUGUAAACAUAGGCGUGAGUGUACGUAUGGGCGUGUCUCUUGUUUAAAGCUCUGGGAGAAGUCAAAGUGUAUUGCUCAACAUCCGUCAGAGUGCUUUAUACACAUAUUUUAUAAGAUUGAACCGACUUUCCGUAAAAGAUAGAAAUCAAUCAAUAAAAGUUUAGAUAGAUAGAUAGAGGAUAAAAUGAUAUAUCAAAUAAAAGAAAAUAUAAACAUUCACCUUCGUACAAACUAAAUCAUAUCCAAUAUGUUAUAAUACGAGUUAGAUGCUAAAUUAAGAUAGAUAACCAUAUAAUUCUAAGCAAACGUUACUUUGUUUUUGUAAAUGAUUGUCUUGUCUUGUUCGUUAGCCUUAAUGUAUUUUCCCUUGGCUUUGUUUCCUCUCCUUGAUUUCUUUGUAAGUAUAUAAUCUCACGAACCGGGAUAUGUGCAAAGACAUACUUUCAUACAAACACAAAACAAACACAAAGCAACGAGGGGUUGUUCUUGCCACGAAGGAAAUGUGCAAGGAAACCACACUGAAGUUGUUUGUCAUAUAUAGUUAUCAUUUCUCGACUCGCUGUCACUAAACGUCAUAAUAAUGCAUAUAAUCGUUAUUUUCAUAGUACUUUAGCUGUAUAGAUUUUUAUUUUGUAAUUAGUACAUGUAGUAUUGUUUAGGUGUUACAGGGUUUUGUUACAGGAAGAAUGAUAUUUUUAUGUAGGUGUUAAGUCAUGUUGAUAGUCAAUUAGAAUGCCGAAGUUUAAUAGGUAAAAGAAUGAAGUUUUCCUUUUUUUUAGCCGUCAGAGGGCAGCACUACGCACGGUGUAAUAAAUGGCUUUAUUUCACUGAA